AUGGCCGAGAUCUGCUCCAACCCCUCCUGUUCGGAACCAGGCUCUCGCAAAUGUGGCCGAUGCAAGAGCGCCAACUAUUGCAGCCAGGACUGUCAAAAGAUCCACUGGGGCGCCCACAAAGGGGCCUGUAAAGCAAACAGCCAAUCCAACGCCCCAAAAGCCAAUUGCUAUAUCCUCCGCGCCACACCUCAAAAUCCAGACGCGCCCGUCCUCGACAACAUCGCCAACCAGAUCGAGCCCUUCAACCUUUCCAAUCUUGGCAACGAGGUCGCAGAAAAGCGCCAGCUCGAACGACAUCUCGGCUGGAAACGCUCUAUCGAAGCUGGCAAGUUCUAUGACCAUACGGGCUCCGAUAAGUGGUAUUACUACGUCUACGGCGAUGCACGCGCUUUCAACAAUAACUCGGGCUUGCCGGCCAACGAAGCCGCCGGACUGAUAUGCCACCAGAAAAAGGUCUACGGGGACAUUGGCAUAGUUAGGUCGGGUCCUGUGGGGUCUGAGUACGCGGAGGAGUUCGAAAAGAUGGAGUUGGUCAAGGCCGUGCAGUUCUAUAAGACGAAUGAUAAGGACAAGGUCUUUUCCCAGCGAGAGAUGAGCCGGGCUAUGCGAGGGUUUGGCAUGCCGGGCGCCGGGUUUGGGUCCUCGCAUGUCCACACCUCCGCCUCGUUCUCCUCCCUCCCUGUUCUCGAGCUUGCCAAUCCACCUACCAAGCCACUCCCAGACAUCAUGGCCACAGCCCUCCUCGUCAUCGACAUGCAACACUUCUUCCUCGACAUGACCACCACCGCCCUCCCCAACAUCCUCACCCUCUGCGCCCACUUCCAAUCCUCCCACCUCCCCCUCCUCUUCACCCAGCACGGCCACUCAAAGCAACAGCUCACCCCGCCCUACAAGAACCAACUCGUCCGCAGAUGGGGUCCCAACGGCUCAAUCGCCACGGGCAGCAAGGACUGGCGGCUGCUGCCGGAGAUCGAGCACGUAGCAAAGGAUCACGAUGUCGUGGCCAAGGACACCUACGAUGCGUUCGUCGGCACGGAUCUCGGCGCGAGGUUGGAACGGGGUGGGGUCGAGAGGUUGGUGUUGUGUGGCGUCAUGACGGAUUGCUGCGUCGAUACGUCGGCGAGGAGCGCGUUCGACAGGGGCUUUGAGACUUGGCUCGUCAAGGAUGCGUGUGGGAGCGCGAAUGAGACGCAGCAUGAGGCGGGGCUGAGGGGCUUCGGGUUCGCGUUCGGAGAGGUGCUGACGACGGGGGAGGUCGUGAGGAGGCUGAGGUGA